UCAUGCAAAUGCAUGUUCAUACAUGAUAGUAUCGAGAGGCACACUAGCAUUAAAGAAACAGCAAUGCACAUCAAUCUAGUAAACUUUAUAAUAUCAGUCACAUUUAGUUUGCCUCUCAGCUACAUACUGUGUCCUAGCAUUUAAUGAUCACAAAAUAUUGGAUCUUCCCAACUCUUAUAUAUACCUGUCUCACUCUCACAGACAACACACUGUACUUUCUCCUCUCCCUCUAGUUUUAUUGUAGUGGUCCAUUUCCUGCACAUUCCAUGCAAACUGAUGAAAAUGACGGACAGUAAGUUUCUCAAGGCAUGCCAAAACAAAUGGCAAAAGAACGAUGGCAAAGACAUACCUUCAGCGGCUUGCGACAAAUGCUGUAAAUGGACUCUUUGGCCUUUCCUAAAGGAAGAGAAGGCUAUCCCAAGGGAUGUUCCAAAAGGUCAUGCGGUAGUUUAUGUAGGGAAGUACCAAAAGAGGUUUGUAAUAAAAAUCACCUUGCUGAAGCAUCCGCUCUUCAAGGCAUUGUUGGAUCAAGCUCAAGAUGUUUAUGAUUUCACUACUGAUUCGAAAUUAUGGAUCCCCUGUGACGAGAACAUCUUCGUUAGUGUCAUCAGAUGUGCCACAUCACCAGAAAGUCGGCGCAUCUCAAUCUGUUUUUGAUGGUCCAAUCACAAAGCUCGUGAUAGUAAUUCAUCCAUGAUGUUUAACUUAUUGUUUAGAAUGUUGGCAUCUGUAACCAUAACCUGUUGUAUACUAUAUCUAUUAUAUGUAAAUUCAUUGCCUACGAAGUCGAAACGCAUUAAUUCUCUAUUGAGUCAACCGAAAAGAAUCUAGACGGGCCGUCACCUUAAGUGCUCAUUCUUCUUUGCUACUGUACAACUGAUCAUUUCUUGAAAUUUAUGCAACUCCUAUACAAGGCACAGUACUCAAGAUAGUAUAUUGAGUGUAAUGGAAGAAUGUCAGUAGACUAUUUCAGAAACAUUCCACCCUUCUAAACUGCUCAACUGCUCCUAACAGACAUCCACUUGAUCAUGUCAACGGGAAUGCCAGUUCUAACAGCUUGACAAUAAGCACUAAUAGGCAUAAUUCCUCAUGCCACAAUAAGUUCAGGGACCAGGAAACAAUAUAAAAUCUACAGUGUAGAAGAAGUGUUAAUUUUAUUUUAUCACUUUUUUCAGCUAUGAGACUAAAAAGGCAAGAUUGCAACAAUUACAAGCAUUUUCUCACAAUCUGCAGAACGACAAGCUAAAUUGAGACGCAGAAGCCUUAAUAAGCCACGGCCCAAUUCGUACGAGCAUUGAGAAACCAAAAUUUUGACAUCAGUAUAAACUGCACUAAAGUUUGUAUGAAAUGUAUGUUAAACUGUUGCACUCUCUGAGCACAGAUCUGUAAAGCAGUGCAAGACGUAUUACUUAAUCGGUUUCAGGAAGAGCGAACAGGAAUAAACAUUAAGCACAUCAUGGUAUUUUAUGGCAAGAGAGAAAGUAUCCAUCCAUUGAAAGAAGGGGAAAAGAAAAACCAGAAAUGCAACCCAAUGUUGUAUAAAGCAUAUGACAAACAGCCCAACAACUUGACAAAGAUUUUAAUCACCAGGAUAAUAAUGUAGCAAGGAGAAGUAAACCACUAUAAUAGAGGAGAAUAAACAGUCUCAUUCUGUGCCAGAUCCAAGAAUGUGACACUACCGCCAUAAGACCCUUUCUUCUUCGUCCAUUGUGUUGGUUAAAUAACAAGAGUAGAUGUUGAAUCAUGUAAACGUGCAAAUCUAAAAGUUUAAAUUGUUUGAAAUUGGAACAUUUAUUUAUUAUAGUAUGAAACACGGCACCCUACAUGCGGACAUAAUUCUUUUUCUUUGGCCAAACAUGUGAAAAACAUUUUGGUUGUAGGUGAUGAGAUUCGAACCAAACCUAUGCCUACACUGAUACAUAUUGAAACAUGUUGAGUUGUGUGAAUUGUAUCAUCUUAAGCUUUUAAAGAUGGAACGCUUUUAUUUAUUUUAGGUGCAAGAGUAGAGCACCCAAAUCAAUCCUUUAGAAAAAAAAAAAAAGGUUUUCAAAAAGACAACUAAUCCUCUGUUCUCAUAGUAAGCAGGUUCUCUUUUAUAAGUUGCAUUUAGCCGUGAUUCCAAUAAGAUUGACGUGACCAAGAGAAGAUUAGCAAAGAACUGGACUGGUUAAUAAGCACCAGCACCAAUGUACCAAUCACAACAGUUGAAAGUUGGAUGUUCCUUUUCUUAUGCCAGACCUAUAUCUAACACAAGAUUUUAGCUUUACUCCUAUGAUGCACUAAAGUAUAGAAGGGAAAGUAAUGUAAGAGAUUAUUUAAUCUUAUGACACACUAAAGUAAAGAGGGGAAAGUUAUGCUAGUGUAGCCAAAAGAUAUAGAAAGAACAUAAUGGGAUAAAAAGUUCUC